AUGAAUCAUCAACAAGAACCACAUUCUCAAACCACAAUCGCAAGCAGCAAUGAAUUGCUCCUGCAAACUGCAAGCACAAUUAUAAGUGCAACUCAGCCAGCACCAUUUCAAGAGUCCUCUUCAAUACUCACCCCAUCAACAUCAUCCCAACUUGGAAAUAUGGGUAACAGCAAUCUUACUCUGCAAAAGACUUUGUUCAGAGUGCCCAUGGAUAAGUUAUUCUCGAUCCCUUUAGAGUCUCUCGCACAUAAACCACAACUCAAUCAAUUCAUUAUUGAGCUACGAUCGAGAUAUGUACAGCAUUUGCUAAGAACGGUAUCAAGCCCCGCUUUACAUGAACUUAAAAAACAAGACAAUGAAGUAUUUUGCGAUCAUGUUGAUGAAAUUGUGAAAGAAACGGAAUUACUUGUUGAGGAUAUGAAUUUUGAAGAAUAUUUAAGUGAUUUACAAUCAGAAUCUACAACCAACCAUUGUGACACUCAAGAACGAAGAUAUUAUACAACGCUGGGCAGAAUGCAACUAAUGAAUCAGACGAUGAAAUCUCAACGAACAGCAAAUUCUACUUGUUUUGCUCCUUCUACUCAUGAUCAUAGACCAGCUAUUGAAUACAGUGACGAGCAUGAAGAUGACGAUGAAGAGUACGUGGAAGAAGACGAGCAUGAUGAAUACAAUGAUGAAGACGAGCUCUCCCAAGAGGAAGAAUAUAUGUGCGAUGAUUAUCAGACAGCACAGUCUGCACCCAUUCCCAACGAAACUUCUUCAAACAUGCAUUGCGAUUUUUCCAACUCUCCUUUUUCCAUCACGACCACCCCAACCACUAACUCUGUAAAUACUUCUCCAUCAAGUUCAUCAAAACUCUCUUCACCAUACUCCAACACAUCCAACUCACUCAUUGAUCCAAUCAAGACAGACGAAAUUUCAAGACAAAUUCAAAAUGCUGAGCCUAUUCCAAAUGGUUCUCUUUGCUUUAAUCAACAUCAUCACAUUGUUGUUGGUAAAUAUGACAGAGAUUUACUUGUUAAAGAGAAUCGAUUGAAAUGUUGUGCCAUGAAAAAGAGCACUAUCACAAUUUACGCAGAGAAGAAGAACAACAGAAAUGGCAAAAUUAUGAAAAGAGAACGAAAGGCCAAAUCUCUUCUCAGAUUUUACCGAAUUAAUGUCGAUUUUAAUACGCUCGUGGAUACCUUCUUGCAAAAGCAAAUUUAUCAACGACAACACCAACCAACCAACCUUUCAUUUACUUCCUCAACAAUGAUUCAUCAACAACGAAAAAACUAA